CUCUCUCAGGGUGGUAACACCAGUCUGAAUAUGAACCACUAUGCCACUAAGAAGACGGUGGCAGGGAGCAUGUUAGACGUGGCCCUGCUGAUGGCCAACGCUGCCCAGCUGAAGGCCGUCCUGGAGCAGGGGCCAGACUUCAGGUACUACGUCACCGUCCUGGUCCUCAUCGGGUCGUCACUGCUCUUCCAGGUGCUGGCUGGGGUGCUGUUUGUCGCCAUGGCACGUAAGGACCUGAACAACGUGGCCAACCAGAGGAAGCUGGACAUCAUGAACAACGUGGCCACCGGCCUCGUCUUCAUCACCGCCAUCAUCAACAUCUUCAUCACCGCAUUUGGAGUGCAGAAGACUGGCCUGUACCCCAAAACCUAGACAGUAAACUGACCUGUACCCCAAAACCUAGACAGAAGACUGGCCUGUACCCCAAAACCUAGACAGAAGACUGGCCUGUACCCCAAAACCUAGACAGUAGACUGGCCUGUACCCCAAAACCUAGACAGAAGACUGGCCUGUUCCCUAAAACCUAGACUGAAGACUGACCUGUACCCCAAAACCUAGAAUGAAGACUGACCUGUACCCCAAAACCUAGACUGUAGACUGACCUGUACCCCAAACCCUAGACUGAAGACUGACCUGUACCCCAAAACCUAGACUGAAGACUGACCUGUACCCCGAAACCUAGAAUGAAGACUGGCCUGUACCCCAAAACCUAGACUGAAGACUGACCUGUACCCCAAAACCUAGACUGAAGACUGACCUGUACCCCAAAACCUAGACAGUAGACUGACCUGUACCCCGAAACCUAGACUGAAGACUGAACUGUACCCCGAAACCUAGAAUGACGACUAGCCAGUACCACAAAACCUAGACUGAAGACUGACCUGUACCCCAAAACCUAGACAGUAGACUGACCUGUACCCUAAAACCUAGACAGAAGACUGGCCUGUACCCUAAAACCUAGACAGAAGACUGGUCUGUACCCUAAAACCUAGACUGAUGACUGGCCUGUACCCCACAACCUAGACAGUAGACUGGCCUGUACCCCACAACCUAGACUGAAGACUGACCUGUACCCCAAAACCUAGACUGAAGACUGACCUGUACCCCAAAACCUAGACAGUAGACUGACAGGUACCCUAAAACCUAGACAGUAGACUGACCUGUACCCCAAAACCUAGACAGUAGACUGACCUGUACCCCAAAACCUAGACAGUAGACUGACCUGUACCCCAAAACCUAGACUGAAGACUGACCUGUACCCCAAAACCUAGACAGUAGACUGACCUGUACCCCGAAACCUAGACUGAAGACUGAACUGUACCCCGAAACCUAGAAUGACGACUAGCCAGUACCACAAAACCUAGACUGAAGACUGACCUGUACCCCAAAACCUAGACAGUAGACUGACCUGUACCCUAAAACCUAGACAGAAGACUGGCCUGUACCCUAAAACCUAGACAGAAGACUGGUCUGUACCUUAAAACCUAGACUGAAGACUGGCCUGUACCCCACAACCUAGACAGUAGACUGGCCUGUACCCCACAACCUAGACUGAAGACUGACCUGUACCCCAAAACCUAGACUGAAGACUGACCUGUACCCCAAAACCUAGACAGUAGACUGACAGGUACCCUAAAACCUAGACAGUAGACUGACCUGUACCCCAAAACCUAGACAGUAGACUGACCUGUACCCCAAAACCUAGACAGUAGACUGACCUGUACCCCAAAACCUAGACUGAAGACUGACCUGUAACCCACAACCUAGACUGAAGACUGGCCUGUACCCCACAACCUAGACAGUAGACUGACCUGUACCCCAAAACCUAGACAUUAGACUGACCUGUACCCCAAAACCUAGACAGUAGACUGACCUAUACCCCACAACCUAGACAGUAGACUGACCUGUACCCCUAAACCUAGACAGUAGACUGACCUGUACCCCACAACCUAGACAGUAGACUAACCUGUACCCCAAAACCUAGAGUGAUAUACUUCAGCGAUAUAUCUUUCAAAACGCGGCAAUACGGGUUCACUAUUAUUUUCUAUUGUAACUUUUUUUUAUCAGAAGAGAUUUGUAAAAGAAAGAUAUGAAUCAUUUAAAUGUCAAAAAGUAGAAUUGUCUUAUUCUAAUGUGUAUGGCCCAGAAAUCAAAUUAAAGACAAGUGUUUGGGCUACAGAUUAGUCUCUCUAGACAAACGGGUUGCCUCUCACAAUUUAACAAUGUUCAAGCAUGUCCUUGGUCUGGGAUUUCCAAGAAUGGCUCCAGACCAUAGGGUCUUCAGAUAAUAUAAGGGGAAACAGUGACUACUAGUGGUCUUUAUUUUACUAAUAAAAGAAUGAUACUCACUGUGUCCAAAAUGUGUCUCUAAUGCAAUAAACUCCAUAAAACAA